GCUUCUCUCCACACAGUGAAUACUGUGAUCACUGAACGUUUGGGACGAUUGUUACUCAUUGGUUUAAAUCGUCCGCAACACCGUAACACAAUUGAUCGUGUAACUGCCAAUCAAUUGACUCGCAUCGUCCAAGAGGAAUUUGAGGCGGAUCCGACUGUAUACGGUGGUGUCCUGUACGGAUGCGGUGAGGAUUUCUGCACUGGGCUUGAUCGUGACGAACUGCUCACCUCGCAAACUGCCUGUUUGAAUCGCUAUGGCUUGGACGAGAACAGUAGCGAUGGACCAAUGGGUCCAACGAGGAUGCAUUUGUCCAAACCGCUGAUUGCUGCGAUCACGGGCAAAGCAAUCGGAGGUGGAUUGGAACUUGCCCUAGCUUGUGAUCUCCGAGUGGCCGAGACCGAUUCGGUGCUUGGUUUGCAUCCACGAAAAUAUUGCUUGCCCAUGAUGGAUAUGGGUGCGCAACGUUUGCCCGCACUAAUCGGCCUUUCGCGUGCUUUGGAUCUUGUCCUAACCGGGCGCUCUCUGACUGGAGCUGAGGGACUGCAAUUCGGUUUGAUUAAUCGAUUGGCCAAACCGGGCACCGCUGCACCACAUCUUGGAGGUGGUCCUCUAACCCUAUGUCGCAUUGUCGGAAACGUUUCAGCGAUCGGUAUUGCUGUGGAUCUGGUCAAUACCAUGUGCAAUUUACCGGGUCAGGCUGCACUUCGGGCCGAUCGGAAUGCAACAAUCCAGGCAGCCAACUCUGAUCGUUGUGAAGCGAUGCAAAAUUUCCGACUUGCUAUGAGAGCCAUGUCCUUGGAAGGUCUUCCAGGUUUGUUCCACUUUGUCUCACUUGUUUGA